AUGAUGCUUUUAAGGCAACCAAAGGACCGUAUCCACCAAACUCCACUUCUUCGGUUGACCUUUGAAGCACAGGGGCUGGUUGCCAUAUUUUCCCAAUAUGAUAUGAAUAUGAAUACGAGCGAUAACCGUUUGACUGGAUUACGACAGGAAGAAAGGAAUGGAAUGUAUGAGGCACAUAAAGUGUAUGAGUUGCGGAGUUCGCGCUUUAUGGUAGCUCAACAUAUAUUUCGAAUACUCGAGAAAGCAGUUUGCAAAAAUUUCAAACAAUUUACGUAUUUCUCCAUGUCUGUGAAUAUGUUGCCGGAUAUAAUACUUAGCGAACGUUCGAACACGACGAUUAUGGAUAUUAGCAGCGCACCGGCGAACAUUCGUCACAAGCCAUUCCUAACGGAAGACAGGAAACAAUCGGCCAGCGAUCUACAAAGUCGACUCAAAACUCGAAAACUGCUUGGUGUUGGCGAAUUGGCGAAGGAUAAUGGGGAUAUCUACAGAUCAAAAAUAUCUCAACUACUCGGCAUCAAUGAAAGUUUUUAUGUUCGAUUGCCACGAGGAUUAUUGUACUGGAAUUCGUUGAAUACUCUUUAUUUUUAUCUGAUUGGUUUUCUGAGCUUGGUCACGCCAUCGUUAUCAUUUCGCUUGGAUUUCGGAGUGGAUAUAAAGACGGACGAAAGCGCGUUUGUUAUCAGGAUCUAUGGUGCUUGCCUGCUCUCGUUUGGUAUCCUCUUAAGGAGUAUUCUCCUACAACGUGAGAAUAGAACAGAAAUUGCAACGUUACUACUUGUUACAGCACUGUUACAAGCGCUUCAAUUAUCAGCUUGCUUGCUUUGUGGUCAUCGUUACCUAUUUCCAUGUAUGCUACGUAUAAUUGCAAUAGUUGGGAAUCUUGUCUAUCACAAUUUCGUCGAUGGUCAAGGAGGCGUAUACAGGCAAGUGUUACGUGUGAUCGAGGAUUACUCAAUCCUAACAUCCAGUUGUGAGACAAGGGACACAUCGGUGGAGAAGAAAGCUUCGGCAACGUUGAAGCCAAUGAAAAACGAAUAA